AUGGCUCCGGACGACGACGACGACAUUUCUCCACCCGUGGACUCGCGCCCGCGAUGGAACUACGACGUGUUCUUGAGCUUUCGAGGCGCCGACACAAGGAGCGGCUUCACCGGCCACCUCUAUUCGGCCCUCCUCCGCGACGGGAUCCACACUUUCCUGGACGACAGAGAAAUGGAGACCGGCGGAGAGGUCGGCCCCGAGUGCCUGAGAGGAAUCGAAGAGUCUAGGUUUUCCCUCGUCGUCCUCUCCAAAGGCUACGCUUCCUCGACUUGGUGCUUGGAGGAGCUUGCUCACAUCCUCAAAUGCAGAAGAGAGAGAGGACACUGCGUCUGGCCGGUCUUCUACAACGUCGAUCCGUCGGACGUCGAGGAGUGCAGAGGCAGCUUCGGGGAGGCAUUCGCCCAGCACGAAGCGGAUUUCAAGUCGGAGAUGGAGAAAGGGAAGAAGAAAAUCGGGGAGGACAACAGUUGGGAGAAAUUCGCGGCGCAGAUCGAGGAGUGGAAGUCUGCGCUCAGGGAAGUUUCUUAUCUUAAAGGAUUGGACCUAAGGAAGCACGCCGACGGAAAUGAAGCAAAUAAUAUUGAGCACCUGGUGAGAGAGAUCUCCAAGAGACUUGACCGAAAAGUUCUGAGUGUUGCUAGAAAUCCAGUAGGGGUACGUUCUCGAGCACAGCCAGUGCUCUCUUUCCUAGAUCGGGAUUCUACAGGUGUCCGUAUCCUUGGUUUAUAUGGAAUGGGGGGAGUUGGUAAAACAACAGUGGCCAAGGAAGUUUACAACUCGGUCUUCAAUAAUUUUGAAGGCUCCUGUUUCCUGGCUAAUGUCAGGGAGCAAUUGAUGGUCAAAGGCAUACCUCACCUGCAACGGCUACUUCUUUCAGAAAUCAUGAAGAGAAAGUAUGAGAAGUUUGACAAUCCUGACCAUGGGUUGAGUAUUGUAAGAGACCGAUUAUGCCACAAAAAGCUUCUACUCGUUCUGGAUGAUGUCGAUGAAAUGGAUCAAGUGAAAAAGGUUAUUGGGAACCUUGAUUGGCUGUCUCCUGGAAGUCGAGUGAUAAUUACUACAAGAACUAAGAAUCUGCUGCUGCCAUCUGAAUUGUUCUGGCAGUUUGAGGUUCAGGAAUUAAAUGAGAGAGAUUCUCUUCAGCUCUUAAGUUUACAUGCCUUUGAUUCGCGUGAUCCACCUGAAAACUAUGUUGAUAGUGCUACACGUUUAUUGCGUUAUACUGGGGGAGUUCCACUAGCUCUUGAAGUUUUGGGUUGUUCUUUGCAAGGUGAAACUGUUGACAUAUGGAAUAGCAGAAUGGAAAAGCUUAAGCUGAUGGCUAAUGAAGCUAUUCAGCCUGUUUUGAAGACAAGCUUUGAUUCUCUUGAUGACACUGAGAAGUUCAUUUUCCUUGACAUUGCAUGCUUCUUUGUUGGAUAUGAUAAGGACUAUGUAAUGAGCAUACUAGAAGGUUGUGGGUUCUUUCCAACUGAUGGCAUUAAUACUCUUAUGAGACGGAGCCUUGUAAAAGUUAGUUAUGACAACAAGCUAUGGAUGCAUGAUUUGCUUCGGGGUAUGGGAAGAGAACUUGUUCGUCAGGAGAGUCCUGUAGAUCCAGGGGAGCGCAGCAGGUUAUGGCAUCAUGAAGAUGUUACUGAUGUUUUAACUAGUAAGACGGGAACUAAGGUCAUUGAAGGACUGGCAGUGAACUUACAGAACACAAAACUUUCUACAAGUGCAAAGGCAUUCAAGAAGAUGAAAAGGCUGAGACUGCUGAAGCUCAAUCAUGUUGCCCUUAAGGGAAGCUAUGAAUACCUUUCUAGUAAGUUAAGGUGGCUGUGCUGGCAUGGGUUCCCAGUAGAAUCCAUACCGUCCGACUUUGAUUUGGAAAACCUGAUUGCUCUUGAUCUCCGGCGUAGCAGCCUGAUUGAGUUCUCAGAGGAAGACAUUAAGUCUAUGAAGAAGUUGAAAUUCCUUGACCUUAGCCACUCCAUUGAGCUGAUCAGGACUCCUAACUUUAAGGAUAUUCCCAGUGUAGAGAAGCUGAAGCUCAAGGGUUGCAUUAGUUUGCAACAUGUUCAUGACUCCAUUAGAUUUCUUACUCAACUCCGUUCUCUUAACUUGCAAGACUGCCGGACGCUUAAAAAGCUGCCAGCUGGUAUUGGUUUUCUAGGAUCAAUUGAGAACCUAAAUAUGUCCGGUUGCUUGACACUUGAGGAACUACCCGAGUCCAUUGGUUCUCUUGGUCAGAUUGUGCAGUUGAAUUUGCAUGACUGCAGGAACCUGAAAAGUAUUCCAUCAACCAUUGGUGGUCUGAAAUCUCUCACAGACUUGGACUUGUCAGGCUGCUCGGAUCUAGAAGAAUUGCCAGAGUCCAUUGGAGUUCUCGGUCAUGUCGAGUUCUUGAACUUGCAAAAUUGCAAGAGCUUGAGAAGUCUCCCUGGAAGCAUAGCUGGUCUCCAAUCUCUUAAGGAUCUAAACAUGUCUGGUUGUGCUAAAUUGGAGGAACUGCCAGAUUCCAUUGGGUCCCUCACUCACAUACCUGUCUUGAACUUGAGAGAUUGCAGAAAUCUUAAGAAGCUCCCCCCAAGCAUUUGUGCUCUAAGUUCAUUAAAGAAGAUAGACUUGUCAGGCUGCUCAAGUCUCAAAGAGUUGCCUGAAGGCAUUGGAAAAUUGGAAUCCUUGCUUGUCCUUUUGGCCAAUGGAACUGCAUUAAGUACUCUACCAGAUAGCACUUCAAAUCUCGGGAAGCUGAAAUUAUUAUCUCUGCGUCGAUGUGAUCACAUGUUCACUCCGAGAAAAUCCCCAUCGGUUCUCAACUUCUUACCUUCAUCCUUGAAGAGAUUGGACCUCAGAUAUUGCAACAUUACUGAUGAUAUUAUGCCGGAAGAUCUAGGAAGCUUCCAUUUCCUGAACAUCUUAAAGUUAUGUGGAAACAACUUCACGUGCUUGCCGGCAAGUAUCAUUGCUCUUCCACAACUCGUUGAACUUUGGUUGAACAAGUGCAAAAGACUUCGGGGAAUACCAGAGCUUCAAUCAAGUGUAAAAGCAUUGCAGGCGAAUGACUGUACGUCACUGGAAACUAUCAACUUAAGAAACUACCAUGGAGGAACAGGCUUGCAGGUCCAGGGCUGCUCGAACUUAAAAGGAGUGGAGGGCUUCUUCAACUUGGAAACUCUGGAACCUCAAACAUUUGAGCUUCUCAGAAGUUCUGGCUUCCUUACACAGGGCUCCAUUUCCAACAAUUCAGCCUAUAAAGUAGACAGCUUGACAGACACAUACAGUAUCAGCCCCCUUCAGGCUCUUGCAGAAAGGGGGCUCUACAGCUUGUUCUUUCCAGGAAACGACAUUCCAUCAUGGUUCGCCUAUCAAACUGAUGGCGACAGUAUAUCUUUUACUGUUCCCCCACUGGCUCGAGGUUGUGACAUCACUGGGUUUGUUACAUGCACCAUUUAUGCUUGGGAACGGCCCCACGAGUCAUGCUUUUUCAUGCCGUACAUCAGAAUUGUCAACAGAACAAAGAAGUUCACUUGGAAUUACACUCCACAUAUCACCUUCUUCAUGAAUGAGAAUCAUAGAGAAACAACGUGGCUCUGCCAUUGGAUAUUCGACACGAACGCGAUGGUCUUAGAUGAUAUAGACUCGGGUUGGAGGUUUCAGGAUGAGACCGAGCAAGGUGACGAGCUUGAAUUUUUUGUUGAUAUGGGGUUCGGCAUUCAAGUAAGGAAAUGCGCUGUCCAUCCACUCUAUGACUUUGCUCCUGCUCCUGCUCCUGCUCCUGCUCCUGCUGCUGAUGGUGAUCACAACCGGGAUUCAGCCUCGUUUUUGGAGCUACUAAGUGCCAUAUCAACAUCAUCAUCAUCCAAGCAUCGCAGGAGGUUUUCACAGUCACGGCCCCGGUGGCUUACAAUUGAGAACUCCCAGAGUAUUUGUGGGGAACUAUAUAUUUCAAGCGGAUCCCGUAACGAAGGCUAUGCUGAGUGGUCCCAGCAGAGGUCAAGAAGAUUCAUGGAGGUUGCUUUUAAAUCUGCAUCGAUCGAAGAGAUGGAGUUCGAGGAGGAUGAAGAUGACAGCGAUUUCGGGUCUUAUGAUGGAGAAGAGGAGGAAGAAGAUCAGGAAUGGCUGGAGUACUGCGAGGAUGAUGACGAUGAAGAUGAAGACCAAGAAGAAGAUAAAGAUAGUGAACUUUCUGCUCGCUCUUCCGAAGAAGAAGGGGAUGAAGAAACGGAGUAG